AUGGCGGGAAGGCACGUCGCCGCCAGACUCGCCCGAUCAUGCCGCUUCCGGCUGGCGGCGCUCCGCCCUCUCUCCUCCGCGUCGGCUGCUGUUGCGGCGGAGAGCGCACUGCCCCUAGCGGAGACGACCGCCGGCGAAGAUCGCGACGGCGGCGUCACAAUGAAAGGGGUUAGGAUCUCCGGGCGGCCGCUGUAUCUGGAUAUGCAAGCGACUACCCCUGUGGAUCCCCGCGUGCUUGACGCCAUGAUGCCCUUCUUCCUCUCCCGUUACGGGAAUCCCCAUUCUCGGACGCAUCUGUAUGGCUGGGAGUCGGAUCAGGCCGUGGAGGUGGCUCGUGCGCAGGUCGCCGCCCUCAUCAAUGCCAACCCUAAGGAGGUCUUCUUCACCUCGGGUGCCACCGAGUCCAAUAACGUGUCCGUGAAAGGGUUGAUGCAUUUCUACCGCAACAAGAAGCGCCAUGUCGUCACGACCCAGACGGAGCACAAGUGCGUCCUUGACUCCUGCCGUCAUCUUCAGCAGGAGGGCUUUGAUAUCACCUAUCUCCCCGUCCAGAAAGACGGGCUUAUCGAUCUCCAGCGUCUUGCGGACUCCAUCCGCCCCGACACGGGCCUCGUCUCCGUUAUGGCCGUCAACAACGAGAUUGGGGUUGUCCAGCCAAUGGAGGACAUUGGUCGCAUCUGCAAGAAGAAGGGUGUAUUCUUCCACACGGAUGCCGCCCAGGCUCUUGGUAAGAUCCCCAUUGACGUCGACAGGAUGAACAUCAGCCUCAUGUCUCUCAGUGGGCAUAAAAUCUAUGGUCCGAAGGGGGUCGGCGCGCUGUACCUGCGCCGACGUCCCAGAGUCCGUGUCGAACCGCAGAUGAACGGUGGCGGUCAGGAACGGGGCAUCCGGAGCGGAACGGUGCCUACGCCGCUGGUGGUUGGAAUGGGGGCUGCGUGUGAGCUGGCGAAGAAGGAGAUGGAGUACGAUGGUAACCGUAUAGAGGCGCUUCAGGAUCGGCUCCUGAAUGGAAUUAGGGAAAAAUUGGAUGGCGUUGUGAUAAAUGGGAGCAUGGAGCACCGUUACGCAGGAAACCUAAACAUAUCAUUCGCAUAUGUCGAGGGGGAAAGCUUGCUGAUGGGUCUCAAGGAGGUGGCAGUGUCGAGUGGCAGCGCAUGCACGAGUGCUAGCCUGGAACCCUCAUAUGUGCUUAGAGCUCUUGGGGUGGAGGAGGACAUGGCGCACACUUCCAUCAGGUUUGGGAUUGGUAGGUUCACGACAGAGGCAGAAAUCGACCGGGCCGUAGAGCUUACAGUCAAGCAAGUGGAGAAGCUGAGGGACAUGAGCCCCCUAUAUGAGAUGGUAAAGGAAGGGAUUGAUAUCAGGAGCAUCCAGUGGACUCAACAUUGA